CGCCCCGGGACUAGUGUGUGCAAACCCCGCCCCUUACUACAGUCCAGGAAUAUAAAGCCUUUGUCAGGCUUUUCCAAAUUAUUGCUGAGCCGUACUGUUACGUUUUAAGACAACUUUUUGCACAUUUUUGCAACAAUGAGGGAGAUUGUUCACAUCCAGGCCGGUCAGUGCGGAAACCAAAUUGGUGCCAAGUUUUGGGAGGUAAUCAGUGAUGAACAUGGGAUCGACCAAACAGGGACCUACCAUGGAGACAGUGACCUGCAGCUAGACAGAAUCAACGUCUAUUACAAUGAAGCUACAGGAGGUAAAUAUGUACCCAGAGCUAUUCUAGUAGAUCUGGAGCCUGGCACUAUGGACUCUGUGCGUUCAGGAGCAUUUGGACAGAUCUUCAGACCAGAUAACUUUGUGUUUGGACAAAGUGGAGCUGGUAAUAACUGGGCCAAGGGCCACUACACAGAGGGGGCGGAGCUUGUAGAUUCCGUUCUGGAGGUGGUUCGCAAGGAGUCAGAGAGCUGCGACUGCCUGCAGGGCUUCCAGCUCACUCACUCCCUAGGUGGAGGCACUGGGUCAGGCAUGGGCACCCUCCUUAUAAGCAAAAUCCGUGAAGAGUAUCCAGACCGCAUAAUGAACACCUUCAGCGUGGUGCCUUCCCCGAAAGUCUCUGACACCGUAGUUGAGCCUUACAACGCCACACUGUCAGUCCAUCAGCUGGUUGAGAACACAGAUGAAACCUACUGCAUAGACAAUGAAGCCUUGUACGAUAUCUGCUUCCGCACCCUUAAACUCACCACCCCAACGUAUGGCGACCUCAACCAUCUGGUCUCAGCCACCAUGAGUGGUGUCACCACCUGCUUGCGCUUCCCCGGCCAACUAAAUGCUGAUCUACGCAAACUAGCGGUUAAUAUGGUACCGUUCCCCCGUCUGCACUUCUUCAUGCCUGGCUUUGCUCCUCUGACCAGCAGAGGCAGCCAGCAGUACAGCGCUCUCACUGUACCCGAGCUCACUCAGCAAGUGUUUGACGCCAAGAACAUGAUGGCAGCCUGCGACCCAAGACACGGUCGCUACCUGACCGUCGCCGCUGUUUUCCGUGGCCGCAUGUCUAUGAAGGAAGUCGACGAGCAGAUGCUGAACGUCCAGAAUAAGAACAGCAGCUACUUUGUUGAAUGGAUCCCAAACAACGUCAAAACCGCCGUCUGUGACAUUCCACCAAGGGGUCUCAAAAUGGCCGUCACCUUUAUCGGGAAUAGCACUGCCAUCCAGGAACUCUUCAAGCGUAUCUCUGAGCAGUUCACAGCCAUGUUCAGGCGUAAGGCUUUCUUGCAUUGGUACACAGGAGAGGGAAUGGAUGAGAUGGAGUUCACCGAGGCAGAGAGCAACAUGAAUGACCUGGUGUCUGAAUAUCAGCAGUACCAGGAUGCCACCACUGAAGAGGAAGGAGAGUUUGACGAAGAGGCAGAUGACGAUGCCUAAACAGGAAAUGAAGAAGGGUUGGGAGAAAGAGAAAGGGUGGUGUUUGGGGAAGGGUUAGUGUGUUCAAGUUUGAAUAAAUGUAGCAAAACAUAAGGAAACAAGGUUUAGUGUCUCAGCCAGAUGACGUAGAAAUUAGCACUAGACAAAUGGGGCCAAAAAUAACCAGAGGUAUGAAGAAAAAUUGUUCUUGACCAUGGAAUGGGUGAAAAAAAGUGAUAACUGCACAGUUCACUUGCUUUUUGUGUUGGUUUAUUUAACAUUCUGAUGUCAUCAGUUCAACCCCAGCUAGCACACUUAUAUCUGUAAGAUGUCUGGAGAUCUGGAAAACAUCUGCUGAGUAAAAACAUCCGCUAAACAUAGAAAGAGAAGUUUUACAUCCAUUCUAAAGCAUAAACAUCUUACAGAUGUCUUCUAGAUGUCUAUAUGACAUCUGAGCGUAGUCAUUUUAGAGACUUACUGCCGAUGAGCAAACUAUGUAUUGCAGAUGUAAACGGUCAAAUAGACGUCUGCCAGAUGGAGUAUGCUAUCAGGGACAGAGAAGAAUAAAAUAACAAACGUCCAGUUUUUCUAAAGCAUAUGAUAUCAUCUUUGUGUUUGACUUUAAGUCAAAAACAAUCUAAAUUACGUAAGAACAAAAGUGUUGGAGGGAAACUAUCCAGUGAAUUAGAAUUAUUGCUAUAAUUCAGAUAACUGUAGGUGGAGUCAGGGAGGAAUACUAGAAAGACUUUCUUAUUUCAUGUUUGCAAAGACCUCAAGUCACAUUAUGUUACUAUUUUGCACUAGAAAAAGGCACUCUGUGAGAAUUGCACUUCAACGUGACCUACUGAGGUCACAUUGCAGUAUUUAGAGAAAUGUUUCGAAGGGAAAAGUAUGUUUUGCAAAAGAUGAAGGAAAAACAAAGAAAGGGACUGAAAGAAAGCCAAGAUUCAGAAUAACUGUGUUACUGAAUCUAUACCUCACUUGGACGUCAGACAACGUCUAUAGGAGGAAAUAAGUUGAAUGACAUGGGUGACAAUAGAAAGUAUUUUUAGAAAAUGAAGAAUUGAGGGAUUAAGCAUGUUGAAUUGAUUGUCAGUGCACAUAUAAAAUUUAUGGACUCCGUUAUGUCCAAUAUGAGCCCAUACUGUGUUGAUUCAUUUUUUAUAUAUUUAAAAUGUCUUAAUGUCCCUUGCGUUUUUUUAUUUCCUGUUGGAAAAACUGAGCCUCCGGAGAAAACCAAAAUAAAAUC